AUGUUGUGUGGACCACCUCUACAACCUUGUUUCCCCACUAGGAGCUCCAAAAAGAAACUCACAUUAGGCGCUAUUAUUGCCAUCGCUGUUGGAGGGGCAUUGGCGCUGUUUCUUGUAGUCCUAAUCAUAUUCGUGUGCUGCCUCAAGAGAAAAGAGAGUAAGGGCAAUAGUGUGCUGAAAGGGAAGCCUGCUAGUGGUGGAAGGAGUGAGAAACCCAGGGAGGAAUUUGGUAGUGGGGCGCAAGAGCCAGAGAAAAACAAGCUGCUUUUCUUUGAAGGCUGCCCUUAUAAUUUUGAUCUUAAGGAUUUACUGAGGGCUUCAGCUGAAAUGCUGGGAAAGGGAAGCUGUUGGACUGCAUAUAAGGCUGUCUUGGAGGAAUCAACAGCAGUUGUGGUAAAAAGGCUGAAAGAAGUCAUGGUGGGGAAAAAGCAAUUUGAACAGAAGCUGUUCAUCAUAGGGAGAGUGGGUCAGCACCCAAAUGACUCUAGAGUUAAAAUCUCCCUUGGAGCUGCAAAGGGCAUUGCUCAUGUACAUUCUGUUGGUGGUGCAAAAUUUUCUCACGACAACAUUAAGUCCUCAAAUGUCCUCCUCAACCUAAAUCUAUAUGGUUGUGUCUCUGAUGUCAGCUUAACCCCUCUUAUGAGCUUCCCUGCCACUCCAUCUAGGAAUGCAGGGUACCGUGCUCCUGAGGUGAUUGAAACACAAAAGCACACUCAUAAAUCGGAUGUGUGCAGUUAUGGCAUCCUACUACUUGAGAUGCUUACUGGAAAGCAAUCAAUUCAAUCCCCAGCACAUGAUGACACCGUUGAUCUCCCUAGGUGGGUCCAGUCGGUUGUCAAAGAGGAAUGGAAAACUGAAGUUUUUGAUGUUGGGUUGAUGAAAUCACAAAACAUUGAAGAAGAGAUGGUGCAGAUGCUCCAAAUUGCCAUGGCAUGCGUUGCAAGGUUGGCAGACAUGCGACCCGGCAUGGAUGAAGUUGUUAAAAUGAUUGAAGAGAUCCGGCCACCUGACUUGGGAGAAUCAACCAUCAUCGGAAUAAAACAAUUCCAAGCAGUAAAAUGUGCAUACCCCAUGGUCUCCUGGGAGAUCAUCAUUUUUUAUUUCAAGUUUUCCAUUUGUCAAUUCUGGAGAAAUUCAUCUGAUACAAGGCACAAUUCAAUGCAUUCACAUAGUAAGGUUUUGCCAGUUCCAAAUCAAAAUUUGCUUAUGCCUGCCCUAAAGUUUUCAGGCUUCAUUCUGACAGUAAAUCAAGGGUUGGAAAAUGGAAAGGUAGCCCGACAGGCCAUGGGCAAGCACGGCCCAACACAUGGGCAAGCAUCUUCAUUUGGAGAUGCUCUUAGAAUUGUUUAUAGAACCAGAAAACGGGAGGAAAAAAAAAGAAAGGAAUUGGCUACAAUAUCAGUGUAA